AUGAAGGAUUUUCGUCCUAUUUCUCUUUGUAAUGUGAUCUACAAACUAUUGUCCAAAGCUCUCGUUAAUAGGCUGAAGGUGAUGCUUGGUAAAUGUGUGACGGAGGAACAAUCGACAUUUGUGGAGGGUUGUUCUAUUAUGGAUAGUGUGAUGAUUGCUAUAGAGGUUAUCCAUGCUCUUAAGAGAAAGACUAAAGGAAAUAAGGCUCGGUUGGGGCUUAAGGUUGACAUUAUUAAGGCAUAUGAUAUAGUGGAUUGGGGUUUUCUUCGUGGUAUGCUCUAUAGAAUGGGGUUGUGCUGA